AGACAAUAUUUUAUGUGGUUUUAAUGUCAAAAUAGAGUGAGUCAUUUCUGGUUUUUUUUUGCGUUCAUUCAAGGAAAAAGUUAAUUCCCAGGACAAUACAGCAAUGUCCGGUGGUGUCCAGUUCUCAGAGUGUCCUCCCACACUUAAGCCAAUCGCGCAUUACCUGAAAGCUGCCACUGAGCAUGAUUCUCGUGAUAUUAUCGUGGCUUAUUGGUCAAGGCUCUACGCACUGCAGUUGGGCCUGAAGCUCUCCUCCCAUUUGCCCGAGGAGACUAAACUAUUCCUCGAAUUAAUGGAUUGGCUGGAGAAGACAAAGAAGGAGCAGAGUGGAAAUGAAUCGAUUACAAAUGAAGUUGCUGGUCAGGCUUACCUUGAGAACUACGCCCUCAAGCUCUUCCUCUAUGCCGAUAAGCAGGAUAGAGAAGGGAAUUUUGGAAAGAACGUCGUGAAGGCUUUCUACACCGCAGGAAUGAUUUAUGAUGUUCUCCUGACAUUUGGGGAGCUCACAGAUGAGGUGCAGCAAAACAGAAAAUAUGCCAAAUGGAAGGCAGCCUACAUUCACACAUGCUUGAAGAAUGGUGAGACUCCCAUUCCUGGACCCAUGGCAGCUGGGGAGGAAGAUGAUGGUGGUGAGGAAGAAGGUGCCGUAGGAGGAGGUCCUGCUGUGACAAAUGAUGAACCGCAGUCACCACCACCACCGACAGUUCCAAUUAAUCCAGAUACUGGUGCCAUUGACAUUACGUCCCCGGAACAGCUUCCAGAUCCACCGAAAGAGCCCGAAAAACCCCCAGGUGGCUUCCAGGCGUACAUUCCGCAAACAGGUGAAGACACCGAGCCCUACCAACCAUCCCAGGGCGAUGUUACCCUUACUCCGGAUCAAAUUACCAAAGCCCAGAAGUAUUGCAAAUGGGCAGGAAGCGCCUUGAACUACGAUGACAUCUCCACGGCCAUUGACAAUCUCCAGAAAGCCUUGAGGCUUCUCAAAACCGGCCAGGAUGGAUAAAUUCCUUUCCCUACCACAUUUAAAUUUAUAUUCGUUUUAACCGUAAUUUAGUCGUCAGGAAAGGGCAGUCUGGACGUUCUUGAAGUACUUUCCGGGAAUGUCCUUUCCUCUCAGCAACUUCUCACACAGUUUCUUUGCAAAUAGCGCACUUGCUGCUAGCCCAGAAGUUACAGAGCAUAAGAGAAUUUUGCAAAAACUCAAUGAAAAAUGUUAUUUUCUUAAUAAAAAUGCAGUUUUUUUUUUAAAUUA